GGUCACCGCGGACGGCGUCCGGCUGCGGGUGGCGUGGCCCCGGGAGGCCGACUACGUCAGCAUGGGCGACGGCGGUAGUGGCGGGCGCGAGAGCAAGGGGGACGGCAAGGGAGACAGGAGGAAGGGCGACGCGGCUCGCGGCGACGGCGGCUGGGGCCGGGCCAAGGGCGCUGGCGGCAAGGGGGCCGAGGGCGCCGGCAAGGGCAGCAAGGCGCGCCGGGACGAGGGGCCCGCGGCCGCGCCCGACGCGGAGGGCUCGCGCCGCUGGAAGUCCAAGGGAGAUUGGAAUGACGCCGACCUGGGCUCGAUAAGCUGGGCCUACGUCGACCCGAAGGGGGCCGUCCAGACCGGCUUCUCGUCGGAGGAGAUGAAGCUGUGGUUCGAGCAAGGCUACUUCAAGAAAGACCUGAAGAUCGCCUUGAUGCGAGCGCCGCCAGGAAACAGCCUCAAGGAGCCGCCGUGGCGCGAGUUCUACCCCCUGGGGCAGUGGUUCCGCGACCUGCCGUCGUGCUUCACCUACGUCCCGCGGUGGUGAGGCAGCCGCGGCACCGGGAGCGCGCCGAGGGUGCUGGUCCCGACCCCGUGUGCGGCCGGGCCCUCUUGGCCGGCCCCGCGGCCCCCGGCCCCCCCGCGCGGAGCGCGGUAUCGCCGAAAGAGGCGAAGCCCGGGCCGCUUGGGGGGGGGGGGGGCGGGGCAGGCGCGCCAGAAUCUCACUCCGCGCGCGCCCCCCGCCGCAGCGACCCCAGGUCUGCUCGCGUCGUGGCAAGAAUCGCGACAAGCGUCGUGGCCGUCUUCGGCCUCCGGGGGCCUUCGUCCAGCCUCAGGGCCGUCAAGGAACGACUCUGGACGAACCGCUCGAGGAGGCGCGGGUCGCGUGCGUUUUUUGUCUGUUCGAUGGCGGUGGGAAUCUCGUACUCUGCCUCAGAGGCGUCUGGUGUGAUCCCCUUCUCCGGCGCACGGCCAGAUGCUUUUUCCACUCGGUCACAGGGCAGAUACUUCUUCUGGCCAGUGCUUCGAUUUGUAAACGCUCCUCGGCAUGUUGUGUUCAUGCGUAAGGUUGGCUUCAAAGAAGGAAGAGGUACCCAUACCAUUACCCUUCGCCCGUUUUCCCUUUUUCGGCCUCCUGAGAGGCCCUCGUCGCCACCGCUGGAUUCGCCUCGAAAUUCUAGUCAGAACGCACCCUGGAAGAGGCCCAUGGAGUGGC